AUGGACAUCGAAAAAAAGACUAGCAAUGCCCCCGAAAUCGAACUCGCAACCGGCCAAGUCGUCACCGGCCUUCCCCCUUCCACCCCGAUGAAACGCAAAUUUAGCAUCCUCAACAUCAUUUCUGUCGGUUACAACAUCUCCAACAGCUGGAUAGCUAUCGCCACCAGCUUCGCCAUUGCCAUCCAAUCCGGCGGUGCCAUUUCGCUGCUCUACGGCAUCAUCACCGUCGCUGCAACAAUGGCCUGCACUGGUUUAACCCUGGCGGAACUCGCGAGUGUUUACCCCACUGCUGGAGGGCAGUAUCAUUUCACAUCUAUCCUAGCGGGGAGGAAAUGGAGUCGGGGGUUGUCGUAUGGUUGUGGGUUGGCGGCAGUGUUUUCGUGGGUGACGUUGGGAGCGUCGAUUGGGGUUGCUGCGACAGAGGCGUUGAUGGCGAUGGUUAUUCAGUGGCAGCCGGGGUAUCAGAUGCAGAGCUGGCAUAGCUUUUUGGUAUAUCAGUUGUUGAAUAUCGUGGUGGUUGUGUACAACAUUUUCUUGACAAACCGCACCCUCUGGGUGUACAACGUUGGCUUUAUACUGUCUCUCCUUACCUUCCUCACCAUCACAAUAACCUGCCCCAUCCUCUCCCCCGACACAAAAGAAAUUGACUCCACCGCCAUAUGGACACAAAUGACCAACGGCUCCAACGGCUGGCCCAACGCAAUUGCCUACCUAACCGGCCUCUCAACACCACAGUUCAUGCUCUCGGGUCUCGACGCGGCACUACAUUUAGCUGAAGAAUGUCUCGAGCCAGAACGUAUCGUCCCUCGGGCUGUCAUGGUGACCGUGCUGAUAGCAUUCAUGACUGCGUUUCCGUUUGCCAUUGCCGCGGUGUAUAGCUGUAAGGAUGUGGCGGCGGUGUUGGAUGAUCCUACUGGGGUACCUAUAUACAAAAUCUGGAUGCAAGCCACAAACUCCCCCAUCGCCGGAACAGUAUUCAUGGCCUGCCUAUUCGCAGUCUCCUGCGUCGCACUGAACGCUGUACACCAAACCGCUUCAAGAAUGACAUGGUCGUUCGCGCGAGACGACGCACUUUUCGGAUCGAGAUGGUUAGGCCGUGUCCACGAGGGACUAAAUGUUCCUAUCUACGCACUCGUGGCGAACGGUGUUAUCGUGAUGUUGAUCGGAAUUGUCUAUGUUUGCUCAACUACUGCAUUCAACGCCUUCAUAAGCACAACCGUAAUAAUCGCCCAAAUCUCCUUCGCCAUCCCCGCCCUGCUCCUCCUCAUCCGCCGCCGAGACACACAUUAUCUCCCUGCGAAACGCGUCUUCAAAGUCCCCGAUGUAAUCGGCUACAUCGCAAACACAGUAUGCGUGUUGUGGGCGGUUGUCGAGACGGUGUUUUUCUGCUUUCCGGCGAGUUUUCCGGUUACCGGGGGAAAUAUGAAUUAUGCCUCCGCUGUUAUUGGGGCGAUGUUGGUGCUUGGGUUUGGGAAUUGGUUAUUGUAUGCGAGGGGGUUCUAUCAUGGGCCGAGAUUGGAGUAG